AUGAUUCUUACCAUGCUGUGUGUCCCUUUCGUCAAGCUCGUCAAGAACAAGGCUUACUACAAGCGUUUCCAGGUCAAGUACCGCAGACGCAGAGAGGGCAAGACUGACUACUACGCUCGUAAGCGUUUGGUUGUCCAGGCUAAGAACAAGUACAACUCCCCCAAGUACCGCCUUGUUGUCCGCUUCACCAACGCUGACAUUGUUUGCCAGGUCGUCUAUGCCAAGCUUCAGGGUGACUUUGUUCUUGCCUCUGCUUAUUCUCACGAGCUCCCCAAGUACGGUGUCAAGGGUGGUUUGACCAACUGGGCUGCCGCCUACUGCACUGGUCUUCUUGUUGCCCGCCGUGUCUUGACCAAGCUCGGUCUUGCUGACAAGUACGAGGGUGUCACUGAGCCCGAUGGUACCAUCUCGAUGACCGAGGCUAUUGAGGAUGCUCCUCGUCCCUUCAAGUGCUUCUUGGAUGUCGGUCUCAAGCGUACCUCGACUGGUUCCCGUGUCUUUGCUGCCAUGAAGGGAGCCUCCGAUGGUGGUAUCUUCAUCCCCCACGGUGAGAACCGCUUCCCUGGUUUCGAUGCCGAAUCCAAGGAGCUUGAUGCUGAUGUUCUUCGUUCGUACAUCUAUGGUGGUCACGUUGCUGACUACAUGCGUUACCUUGAGGAGGAUGACGAUGAGAAGUACAAGAAGCAGUUCUCAAAGUUCAUCGCUGCUGGUGUUGAGCCCGAUGAUCUUGAGGACAUGUAUGCUGAUGCUCACAAGGCCAUCCGUGAGGAUCCCACUCACGUCCCUACCGAGAAGAAGAAGCCUGCUCCUGGCGAGAAGGUCAAGAACAACAAGAAGGAGCGCCUCAACUACAAGCAGAAGAAGAACAAGAUCCAACAGAAGCUCAAGGCCUUCAAUGCCAAGAACGGUAUCUCUGCUUAA